GCACCUGUUUCCGGACGCGCUGAGCGCUGCUUCCCGCCUCUCUGGGGUCUCCGCGGGGUGUCCGAGCCAGCGCGGCCGCUGUCCCUCGCGAUGGGCAAGAAGGGCAAGAAGGAGAAGAAGGGCCGCGGGGCGGAGAAGACAGCAGCCAAGAUGGAGAAGAAGGUGUCCAAGCGUUCGCGGAAGGAGGAGGAAGACCUGGAGGCCCUCAUAGCCCAUUUCCAGACACUAGAUGCCGAGAAAACUCAGAUUGUGGAAACGCCGUGUUCCCCACCUUCACCAAGGUUAAAUGCCUCCCUUUCUGCUCAUCCUGACAAAGAUGAAUUAAUUCUUUUCGGAGGUGAAUAUUUCAAUGGCCAAAAAACUUUUCUGUAUAAUGAGCUUUACAUCUACAACAUCAGGAAGGACAGCUGGACUAAAGUUGACACCCCCAGCCCACCUCCCAGGCGCUGUGCCCACCAGGCGGUGGUGGUGCCUCAAGCUGGUGGACAGCUGUGGAUCUUUGGAGGGGAGUUUGCCUCUCCCGACGGAGAGCAGUUCUACCACUACAAGGAUCUCUGGGUCCUGCAUUUGGCCACCAAGUCCUGGGAACAAGUCAAAUCAACAGGGGGUCCUUCAGGUCGGAGUGGACACCGGAUGGUGGCCUGGAAGAGACAUUUAAUCCUCUUUGGUGGCUUCCAUGAGAGUACAAGGGACUACGUCUACUACAACGAUGUGUUUGCCUUCAACCUGGACACACUCACGUGGAGCAAGCUGUGCCCAUCAGGGAUGGGACCUACACCUCGGUCGGGGUGCCUGGUGUCGGUCACGCCACAGGGCAGCAUUGUCAUCUAUGGGGGCUACUCGAAACAGAGAGUCAGGAAGGAUGUGGACAGAGGCACACAGCACUCGGACAUGUUCCUGCUGAGGCCUGGGGAGGGCAGAGAAGGCAAAUGGGAAUGGUCUCGGGUCAACCCUGCUGGCGUGAAGCCCACUCCAAGGUCUGGGUUUUCAGUGGCCAUGGCCCCAAAUCACCAGACGCUGCUCUUUGGGGGUGUCCGCGAUGAGGAGGAUGAGGAGAGCCUGGAAGGUGACUUCUUCAAUGACCUGUACUUCUAUGAUGCCACCAGGAACCGCUGGUUUGCGGCACAACUAAAGGGACCCAAGAUGGGGAAGAGACGUCGCCGGCGGGGCAAGAAGGCUGGGCCUGCAGAAGCCGACGAACCGGCCUGUGGGGCAGCCAGUGUGGUGCCCCUGGAGGUGGUCACAGAGGUGGCUUCGGAGGAUGGGACAGUGGUCACCAUCAAGCAGGUGCUUGGCGACCCGCAGCCUUCUGGACGGCCACCUCCUGAGGAUGAAGACAGUCCUGAGGAAGCCAGCAGCCCCAUGGUGGAGCCGAGCCCACGUUCCAGCGCCAUGCUGGCAGUGAAGCAUGGAGUGCUGUAUGUCUAUGGGGGUAUGUUUGAGGCAGGCGACCGCCAGGUCACCCUCAGCGACUUGUACUGCCUUGACCUGCACAAGAUGGAGGAGUGGAAGGCUUUGGUGGAGAUGGACCCAGACACUCAGGAGUGGCUAGAGGAGGAGACAGACUCUGGUGAGGACAGUGACCAGGCCGAGAGUGGGGAGGAGGACAGCUCGGAGGACAGCAGCGCUGAGGAUGGAGGUGAGCAGGAGCACCCAGGGGCGGCGCCCAGCACGCAGUUUGCUGACUACCUGCCCAGGACGGAGGUACACUGGGCGAAGCUGGCCCGGGACAGCAUGGGGCCUGAUGCACAGGAGCAGGAGGUGCUGAGAGCAACCCAGGCCACGGUGAAGGCUUUCUCUGAUUCUUGUAAGACCCUGCGCAAGGCCGUGUGGGGUGUUGAGUGCAGCUGAUACCCUCAGCUUUGUGGUGUCUAAAUAAAUCGGACUUGAAAGGAG